AAGAUUUGCAUAUUGAAACCAGUUCCUCUUCCUGGUUCUGACUCCUGAUCUACGCAGCAUCAGCAGAUUGUAUGUUUCUUUAGGUAAAAAGAUCAGGAGACUCUUUUUACAAAGAAUAAAGAUGAUGCGAAGUUUUCCAGAAGAGAACGAUGAAUCCUUGUUUCCACAAGGGGAUCAACAACUUGAUUCUGGAGCAAUUUCAGAUGCCAACUACAGAAAUAUGGCUAAGGGGCAAAGUCCAUUUCCCAGUAAUUUAGCUCAAGGAUGGCAGGCACAACUAAAUAAGAACACUGACCGUAUAGCAGAAUUUCUGGGGACACAUGAUCUGGAAAGACCUAAUACCCUAGCAUCAUAUGGCAAUCCAGGAGAUCAUGGGCAUCCAAUGUUCACAGAAGUUAAUCAAGACAGAAGAUCGCUUCCAUUUUGUCAUCCCGGUGUGCCACCUAUGCUGCAGUUUCCUCGCCUCUGCCAACCUUAUAUGCAACCCAAUUACUGUGGCCCACAGAACAGUUCUGCCAUGCCUUUGAACGCAUCUCCAUACAAUCUGCCUAGGCAUGAUGGGUAUACAUAUGGUCAACAGCCUCAGAUUCUGAAUACCCAUGCCCGUUUAAUUCCUCAAGAGGAGCCUGGUACAGGACUGAAGAUGAGUAACUUGCCAUCAGAGCAGAGAAGAGUCUUCAUAACCUAUUCCUUAGAUGCUGCAAACGCAGUUAUACAACUGGCAAAUCUUUUGUGCUCCAAUGGAUUCAAGACAACAAUUGAUAUUUUUGAGGGAUCAAUUCGUGGCAUGGACAUCAUCAGGUGGAUGGAGAGAUAUCUCAGUGAUACAAGUGUGAUCAUCAUCAUAGCGAUCAGCCCACAGUACAAAACGGAUGUUGAAAUGGACUUGAUUCAUGUUAGUGAUGAUCAUGGACUACAUACACGAUACAUCCACAGAAUGAUGCAGAUGGAGUUCAUAAAGCAAGGAAGCAUGAACUUCAGAUUCAUUCCUGUACUUUUCCCAAAUGCAACCGAGGAUCAUGUGCCCAACUGGCUGAAAAACACCCACAUUUAUCGAUGGCCGUAUGAUACAAGGAGACUUUUCCUACGACUACUAAGAGAAGAGGAAUAUAUUAUUCCCCCGGUUGGACAACUACCAGUACUGGAAGUCAGAACUAUAAAUGGACAAUAUCUCUCCUAUUAAAAAAAAUGUAUUUGGUUGUAAAUGACGCAAACAAUAAUGCAGGUAGAUGGGCAUUUUUUUUAACAAUUAAAAAUACAGUUUGCCUUAUUAUGACUGUGCACAUCAGCUCCCUUGAUGCCCAAAGUGGAGGUUUCAGAAUACAAUCAUUUA